AUGGACAGUGGCGGGGGCGGGGUGGCCCUCUGUGACCUGGAAACCGGGAAGUCGAGGUCGGCAGGGCGGGUCCCCCCUUCCCUUCCCUUCCGUGUCCUCAGGGCUCAGAGGGUCCGGGAGACUCCGGGGGACACCCUGGGACUCCUGAACCCGACUUUGCUCGCUGUUACACUUCGGAGAGCCUCCAUGGCUCCCCGCCACCCCACCACCAUCUCCCCCACAGCUGUGCCGUCGGCCACUGUCCCCAGCACUGUCCGGGGGUCCCUGUCGUCCUUCAGUGUCCCUGAAUCCGGCGCCUGGGGUUCCUCUCCCCUCUGCAGCCCUUUGUCACGGCUGUCACUGGCCAUGAAUCUUGUUGUGACCAGGGGUGGCCUGGGCUGCAGCGUGCCGCAUGCAGCAGCCUCAGUUUCCCCAUCUGCUGGGAGCCGGGACACAGCUGCGCUGGGCCGGGCCCUGUGGGGACCAUGGGCAGCACUGCCCUUGUCCUCUCGAGGACACUGGCCGCAACUAGACCGCGACACUGAAGAGCCUGAGUUCGAGGAUACAGGUGUCCCUAUGCUGAUGAGGCGACAUGAGCUGGUCAAGAUGCGGUGUUCCCGGAUCAGGCCUGACCUGUGGCUCACGGUGGCCCUGGGGACGGUGACCCUGGUGGCCCUGCUCAGCCUGCGUCCCCGCCACCCGCGGUGUCCUGCCCGGCGAUGUCACCGGACCCCCCCGGCGAGGCCGAGGCCCGGUCCUCGCUGUCCCCCCGCCCGCCCGCGGCCCCCGCCCUGCGUGGCCAACGCCUCCAUGGCCUCGCACCCCGACUUUGCACAGCAGCCACGCCACAUCCGCGACUUCCUGCUGCACAGGCACUGCCGGGCCUUCCGGCUGCUGCAGGACGCCGUGGCCACCAAAUGCGCCCCGGCCGUCUUCCUGCUCAUGGCCAUCAAGUCUUCGCCCCACAACUACGAGCGCCGCGAGCUCGUGCGCCGCACCUGGGGCCGCGAGCGGCAGGUGCAGGGCGCCCCGCUGCGCCGUGUGUUCCUCGUGGGCACCGCAAACGACCCCCACCAGGCCAGCAAGGUCAACCGGCUGCUGGACCUGGAGGCCAGGACGCACGGGGACAUCCUGCAGUGGGACUUCCACGACUCCUUCUUCAACCUCACUCUGAAGCAGGUGCUGUUCAUGGACUGGCAAGUCAGCCGCUGUCCCAACGCCAGCUUUGUCCUCAACGGGGACGACGACGUCUUCGCCCACACGGACAACAUGGUCACCUACCUGCGAGGUCAUGACCCCGACCGACACCUGUUUGUGGGUCACCUGAUCCAGAACGUAGGGCCCAUCCGUGUCCCCUGGAGCAAGUACUAUGUGCCCCACCUGGUGGCCCAGGACCACUACCGCUACUGCGGUGGCGGGGGCUUCCUCCUGUCCAGGUUCACGGGGACAGCCCUGCGCCAAGCUGCGUCCGCCCUCGACCUUUUCCCCAUCGACGACGUCUUUCUGGGUAUGUGCCUGCGUCACCAGGGCCUGCGACCCGCCGGCCACAGCGGCGUCCGCACGGGCGGCCUGCACUCCCCCUCCGCCCGCCUGUCCUCCUUCGACCCCUGCUUCUACCGCGACCUCCUGCUCGUGCACCGCUUCCUGCCCUACGAGCUGCUGCUCAUGUGGGAGGCACUCAACAGGCCCAAUGUCACCUGCGGCAGGCAGGCCCGGCUCUACUGA